AAAACGUCACAGCAGAAUCAACAGUCUUUUUUAUUUUGGUGUUUUGAUAAGAACGUAAAAAUUGGUUAUUUUUUUCUUGGAUUCAUGAUUCCAUGAAUCUACAGGGAGGGGUUUUUGUCGCCGGCUCUAGUUUUAGCUGUUGAGUCAUCCACGGCUUAUCUCCUGGAUUUAGUCGAAUGUGAUUCCCGAAGCAUGUACGGAUAAUUCAGAGUGCCAAACGUUUGAUUUAGAAGGAAAAGUAUGGAUGCUUUCUGGACCAGCAUCUGCCCCACCGGUUUGCGGCCCUGGGUUCAAGCGAACAGCGAGCUGGCACCUUGCUUUCAAGAAAUUGUGCUCCAGCUUCCGGUUCUAGUGCUUUUUGCAACGUAUUCAUCAUACUAUUACGGCAGCCAGUGGCGUACCGUUUGCCGCAACGAAACACAACUACGAGCUCUGAGGUGGAGGAUCUACGCCAGUAUUUGCUUGACCAUUAUACCGGCAGUUAAGGUGUUUUACAUCUUUCGAGAGCACAAGACGCUCUAUCCGAUCGAUAUCCUGCUCGCUUGUGUACAGCUGGUCGCUUGGUCGAUUCACUGCUGCUUCCUGGGCGCUUCUGCACGCAAGGGACGCAUCAGCCACCGUGGACCGCUAGUGUUGAUCGUCCUGUGGACGUCCCUGUGUGCCUUAAGUGGAAUCUGGUUGCAUACGAAUCUCUACACCGACUACUGGUUAUGGUACGCAGCGAGCCUGGUGUUUUACCUUUGCUACGCUGCAACACUCAUCGCUCCCGGGACGGCCUACUAUGUUCGUGCAAGGCGAACGGAACACGACGAACGGCAGGCGUUGCUAUCGCAAUCCUACACACGGUUCUUCGAAGACUUUGAAGAAACCACACUGGGACCUAUAGAGGAUGAAGCUAAUAUUUUAUCCCGGUUCGUGUUCUAUUGGGUACGGCCGCUGAUUGCAAAAGGCGUAGCUGGCAAGCUGAAAAGUAUCGAUGAUCUCUUCGAACUACCCGAGUCGCUCAAUGUUCGACGAGUGAUCAGUAAACUACAACAGGCCCUCGAUGAAACGGUAUCACUGUUCAAGUCUCUUCACCGUUGCUUCGGCUGGGAAUUUUAUCUGAUAGGAUUACUUCGUCUCCUUUCUGACCUUGCGGGAUUCGCUGGUCCCGUUCUGCUCGGCGGACUAUUACGCACAGAAAAUCCAGGCAAUUCGACGCAACCACCCUCGGCGGAUAUCGAUGCUGCGAUGGAUUACCGGCCUUACUACUAUGCGAUUGGGCUGCUGUUUUCUACAUUGAUUAGCUGCUUCGCGGGAGUACACUUUAACUGGAGGAUGACGUUAAUAUGCAGCAAAAUGCGAAUGGCAAUCGUAACAGCGAUCUAUCACAAAACGCUGCGAGCAAAGCGCGUGUUGAAUGCACGCUCCGAGAUAUUGAAUCUCAUGUCGACGGAUACGGAUCGCAUCGUUAACUCGUGUGCAAGCUUCCACUCGUUCUGGAGCAUACCCUUUCAACUGUUCACCACGCUUUACCUGUUGUACACUCAACUUGGAGUUGCAUUCACUGCUGGCGUAUUCUUUGCCAUAUUACUAAUUCCUAUUAAUCGAAAGAUCGCGCAAACCAUCGGCCGCCUUUCGCAGGGUUUAAUGGAAGCAAAAGAUGCCCGAGUAUCGAUCACAUCGGAGAGUAUAAGCGGUGCCAAGGAUAUAAAGCUCAACGCCUGGGAAGACGUAUUCAUCAAGAGAAUCGAACAGUUACGCGCAGUGGAGAUCGGUUUCCUAUCGAAGCGCAAGUACCUCGAUGCCCUUUGCGUGUACUUUUGGGCUACGACACCGGUACUGAUGUGCCUGUUCACCUUCGGUACCUACGUGCUCGUGCUUGGCCAACCACUGACAGCGGCUUCAACGUACACAAGCGUAGCGCUGCUCAAUAUGCUCAUCGGGCCUUUGAACGCGUUCCCAUGGGUUCUAAACGGACUUACAGAAGCGUGGGUAUCACUGAAACGCGUGCAAGCACUGAUUGAACUGCCGAACAUCAAUCUGGAGGAGUAUUAUCAACCGCUGACGAAGGUAUCAGGUGAUACGUCGUUUUCAAACACGAAACGACCGCUCGUUAUAUCGAUCAGAGAUAGCAGCUUUGAGCUGGAGGCUAAACGCAGCCGAGCAGAAUUAAAUCUGUCGCUAACGGAUAUAGUGGAUUUCGCGUUUACUAACCUUAACCUGCAGGUUGUGCAGGGAGAGCUGGUAUGCCUACUGGGACCCGUCGGCGGUGGAAAGUCUUCGUUGCUACAGGUCCUGCUAGGAAACGUUCAGUGUACCAAGGGAGCAGUAUCGUUGGCGGCUGGUUUCAACACAGAAGGCUUCGGCUAUGUCGCUCAAAGCGCCUGGUUACAGCAAGGCAGCAUACGAGACAAUAUCAUUUGGGGCGAGAACUACGAUGAGUCACGCUACAAAGCCGUCAUCCAUGCAUGUGCUCUGCAACAUGAUUUGGAUGUACUAGGCGGAGAUGGGGCCAGUGUCGGCGAGCAGGGACGUACUCUAUCUGGAGGGCAGAAGGCCCGUGUGUCCUUAGCUCGGGCAGUAUAUCAAAACAAGGAAAUAUAUCUGCUGGACGACAUCCUGUCGGCGUUGGAUGCCCACGUGGCUAGGCACAUUGUACGGUAUUGCAUUUUCGGUCUAUUGAAAAGCAAAACUCGCAUCAUGAUUACCGCACACCCAAUGGUACUGAGUCGUGCCACGCAGAUGCUACACGUGGAAAAUGGGAAGAUAACGCAAAGCGAUGUCAAUAGCGUUGGCUCAAUGCUUAGCGAGUACGACGACUAUGACGAAGACAUCCCGGACCAGCAGUCAAUUAAGGGUAGUAAAGCAGCGGUCCCGUCGGUUAACGGUACACCGCAUGAACCAAAUGGAACCGCCAAUGGCCUGGAGGAGGAGGUACGCGAGUUCGGUCAAGUGGAUCGAAGUGUCUUCGGUGCCUAUUGGCAAGCAACAGGACGGUCGCUAGGAUUUUGGGUAGUGAUGACCGUUGUGUUGAUGCAAGUUUCUCGGAACAUCACGGAUGCUUGGCUGGCGUAUUGGGUUGGUGCGACGAAUCGUGCGAUCCUUCCUCCAGUAAUCCCGCCAAAUCGUACACUACUGGUGGUUGAGUUGCUCCAGGAGACUGGUCUGCAGGAUGUUGGCAAUAGUACAUUUUUCUACCUAGGAAUCUACUCAACGUUGGCGCUGGGCAACACGAUGCUUACACUCGUUCGGGCAUUCUUGUUUGCGCUGGGUGGAAUUAGGGCUGCAAAAUACAUCCAUGAUCGACUGCUGAAUAGUGUAAUUCAUACGAAACUGCAGUUCUUCGAUGUGGUACCACUCGGCCGAAUUCUGAAUCGCUUUUCAUCCGACGUUUACACCGUGGACGAUACGCUGCCUUUCAUACUGAACAUUUUGUUGGCGCAAUUUUUCGGAUUACUUGGAGCAUUGCUAAUCAGUCUGUACGCUAUGCCGUGGCUUGGACUCUUGAUUAUCCCGCUGGCACCGAUAUAUCUAACGCUGCAGAACAAGUAUCGUUACGCUUCUCGAGACAUUAAGCGGCUAUCAAGUAACGCCCUCUCGCCGAUAUAUGCCCAUUUCACGGAAACCGUACAGGGCUUGGACACUAUUCGGGCAUUCCGUGGAGAAACGCGGUUCCAUCGUGAUUUCCUGUUUAAACUUAGCGAAAGCAUAAGAGCGCAACUGUCAGCUGCCGCGGCACAGCAGUGGUUGGGAUUGCGACUGCAGCUACUCGGCGCAUUUCUAGUUGGCGGUUCUGGAUUGCUAGCGGCCAUUACUUCAGCCCACAUGACUUCACCUGAACUUGUAGGGUUGGCCAUUUCCUAUGCGCUGUCGAUCACGAGUCUACUCUCGGGAUUGCUGUAUGCGGUUGCUGAGACGGAGCAGGAGUUCAUAGCGGUUGAGCGCAUCAAUCAAUAUUGUCAGCUCGAGACGGAGGUGAAUGCCGACGGCUCAGCUGAUCCUCCAUUCGGAUGGCCUUCGCAAGGAGUGGUUGUCUUCGAGAAUGUGAGCAUGCGCUACCGAGAACAUUUGCCAUGCUCUAUCAAGUCGAUCGAUAUAAGCGUGAAACCGUGCGAAAGGCUUAGUCUUGUUGGCAGGACCGGUUCCGGCAAGACGUCCGUACUGUCAGCACUACUACGAGUGGCGCCGUUGGAUAAAGGAACAAUCACGAUUGACUUUGUGAAUAUCGCAACGCUACCGCUGGAUGUGUUGCGGAGCCGUAUAGCGCUAAUUUCACAGGACCCAUUCCUGUUCACCGGAACGAUUCGCGAAAACCUCGAUCCUCGCGCGGUACACAUUGAUUCGGAGAUAUGGGAAGCUAUCACCUGCUGUCUGGCAAGCCCGCUGAUUCAAUCACUCGGUGGACUCGACGCCAAACUGGAGGGUGGCGGUAAUAACCUUUCGGCCGGACAAAAACAGCUUCUGUGCCUCACCAGAGCGCUUUUGAAAAAAUCCAAAAUCGUUCUCAUCGAUGAAGGGACGGCGAACCUUGACUUCGAAUCUGAGUCGGCUGUGCAACUUAUUCUAAAAAAUGCUUUCCGAGGGCGCACGGUCAUCAUGGUUGCCCACCGAUUAAACGGAACCCUCGAUACGGAUACGGUAUUAGUCAUGCAGAAUGGAACUAUCGCCGAGCAGGGCGUUCCUCGGGAGCUUGCCACGCAAACAACUAGCAUGUUUCACGCGAUGCUUCAAGAGCAACAAGGUUAAUCAUUUUCCUAUGGAGUGUAAAAUAUGACGAACCAGUUGAUUAUUUUAACUCCUUACUAUGAGAUGUAUAGAAAUUGUACAAAAUAUACGUAUUUUAUCGUUAA